AUGCAGCGCCGGGGCGCCCUGUUCGGCAUGCCGGGCGGCAGCGGAGGCCGGAAGAUGGCUGCAGGAGACAUCGGCGAGCUGCUGGUGCCCCACAUGCCCACGAUCCGCGUGCCCAGGUCCGGCGACAGGGUCUACAAGAACGAGUGCGCCUUCUCCUACGACUCCCCCAAUUCUGAAGGUGGACUCUAUGUAUGCAUGAAUACAUUUUUGGCGUUUGGAAGGGAACAUGUUGAAAGACAUUUUCGAAAAACUGGACAGAGUGUAUACAUGCACCUGAAAAGACAUGUCCGAGAGAAGGUAAGAGGGGCGUCUGGUGGAGCGUUACCGAAAAGGAGGAAUUCCAAGAUUUUUUUAGAUCUAGAUACUGAUGACGAUUUAAAUAGCGACGAUUAUGAAUAUGAAGAUGAAGCCAAACUUGUUAUAUUCCCAGAUCACUAUGAAAUAGCACUACCAAAUAUUGAGGAGUUACCAGCCCUGGUAACAAUUGCUUGUGAUGCAGUUCUCAGCUCAAAAUCUCCAUACAGAAAGCAGGACCCAGACACGUGGGAAAAUGAAUUGCCAGUAUCUAAAUAUGCCAACAACCUCACCCAACUGGACAAUGGCGUCAGGAUUCCUCCAAGUGGUUGGAAGUGUGCCAGAUGCGACCUGCGAGAAAACCUCUGGUUGAAUCUGACUGACGGCUCUGUCCUAUGUGGAAAGUGGUUCUUUGACAGCUCUGGGGGCAAUGGGCAUGCGCUGGAGCAUUACAGAGACAUGGGCUACCCACUAGCCGUGAAACUGGGAACCAUCACUCCUGACGGGGCAGAUGUUUAUUCUUUUCAAGAAGAAGAACCUGUUUUGGAUCCUCAUUUGGCCAAGCACUUAGCGCAUUUUGGAAUUGAUAUGCUUCAUAUGCAUGGGACAGAGAAUGGGCUCCAGGACAAUGAUAUCAAGCCAAGGGUCAGUGAAUGGGAAGUGAUCCAGGAGUCGGGCACGAAGCUGAAGCCAAUGUAUGGUCCUGGCUACACGGGUCUGAAGAACUUGGGCAACAGCUGCUAUCUCAGCUCUGUCAUGCAGGCCAUCUUCAGCAUCCCAGAAUUCCAGAGAGCGUAUGUAGGGAACCUUCCCAGAAUAUUUGACUACUCGCCUUUAGAUCCAACACAAGAUUUCAACACACAGAUGACUAAGUUAGGACAUGGCCUUCUCUCAGGCCAGUAUUCAAAGCCUCCGGUGAAAUCUGAACUCAUUGAACAGGUGAUGAAGGAGGAGCACAAGCCACAGCAGAACGGGAUCUCUCCGCGCAUGUUUAAGGCCUUUGUAAGCAAGAGCCACCCAGAAUUCUCCUCUAACAGACAGCAAGAUGCCCAGGAAUUCUUCUUGCACCUGGUGAAUCUAGUAGAGAGGAACCGCAUCGGCUCAGAAAACCCAAGCGAUGUUUUUCGUUUUUUGGUGGAAGAACGCAUUCAGUGCUGUCAGACCCGGAAAGUCCGCUACACGGAGAGGGUGGAUUACCUGAUGCAGUUACCUGUGGCCAUGGAGGCGGCAACCAACAAGGAUGAACUGAUCGCUUAUGAACUAACGAGAAGGGAAGCAGAAGCAAACAGAAGACCCCUUCCUGAGUUGGUGCGUGCCAAGAUACCAUUUAGUGCCUGCCUUCAGGCCUUCUCUGAACCAGAAAACGUUGACGAUUUCUGGAGCAGUGCCCUACAAGCAAAGUCUGCGGGUGUGAAAACAUCUCGCUUUGCUUCAUUCCCUGAAUACUUGGUAGUGCAGAUAAAGAAGUUCACUUUUGGUCUUGACUGGGUUCCCAAAAAAUUUGAUGUUUCUAUUGAUAUGCCAGACCUACUUGAUAUCAACCAUCUCCGAGCCAGGGGGUUACAGCCAGGAGAGGAGGAACUUCCAGACAUCAGCCCCCCCAUAGUCAUUCCUGAUGACUCAAAAGAUCGUCUGAUGAACCAACUGAUAGACCCAUCAGACAUCGAUGAGUCAUCAGUGAUGCAGCUGGCCGAGAUGGGUUUCCCGCUGGAAGCAUGUCGCAAGGCUGUGUACUUCACUGGAAAUAUGGGUGCCGAGGUGGCCUUCAACUGGAUCAUUGUUCACAUGGAAGAGCCAGAUUUUGCUGAGCCACUGACCAUGCCUGGUUAUGGAGGGGCAGCUUCUGCUGGAGCCUCUGUUUUUGGUGCUACUGGAUUGGAUAACCAACCUUCAGAGGAAAUCGUUGCUAUCAUCACCUCCAUGGGAUUUCAGAGAAAUCAGGCUAUUCAGGCACUACGAGCAACGAAUAAUAACCUGGAAAGAGCACUGGAUUGGAUCUUUAGCCACCCUGAGUUUGAAGAAGACAGUGAUUUUGUGAUUGAAAUGGAGAAUAACGCCAAUGCAAACAUUAUUUCUGAGGCCAAGCCUGAAGGACCUAGAGUCAAGGAUGGAUCUGGAACAUAUGAGCUAUUUGCAUUCAUCAGUCACAUGGGAACAUCCACAAUGAGUGGUCAUUACAUUUGCCAUAUCAAAAAGGAAGGAAGAUGGGUGAUUUACAAUGACCACAAAGUUUGUGCCUCAGAAAGGCCCCCUAAAGACCUGGGCUACAUGUACUUUUACCACAGGAUACCAAGCUAAACCUCAAAUAUAAAAGUUGGCAAGAAGAAGCCAUAUGCCUUUUUAAUUUGCCAAAAAAAAAAAAAAAAAAGAAGAAGAAGAAGAAGAAGUUGAAACAACCAGACAUGAAGGAAUACAUGUGGUAUUUAUAGUUUAUUUAAAGAGCACGAUCAGUUGACACCUUCUGAAAUAGAACUGGGAAGAAAUUUCUAUUAGUGAUGAUACACUAUUAUAUUAUAGAUAGUUUUUAUAAAUGUUCAAAAAGAGGAUGAUAUUUAAAAACAAAAAAGUAUUCAUAUUGCUGGUGGAGGAUCUGCCAUCAGCACAUCAGAAAUGGAGAUGUGCCCCCAGCCCUCUAUUUUGCUUUGGGGGUCAGUGGUAGUGGCCUCCGGAGAAACCAAAUAAUGUGGCCAGUGGUGUGGCCUUACCCACAGCAAAUGAAAAGCCCACUUGUGUUUCAUAUAGAAAAUCAGCAAUUGGGUGGGGCUUUAUUUGUGACAUAUUUUUUUCAUGACAUACAAUAGUUUCUGAUGUAUCCAUGUAGAUAUUAUGCUCUGUCCGUAAUAGAGCCUCUGCAAUGAAAGAUAUUUUUAAUUUAAGUCAUAUCAAAAUUCUUAAUAUGAUUGUGUGAAUGUGUGUGAGAGUGACUGAGAGUGUGAGAUUUACUAGAAAAGGGAGUCCACUAGAAAAUCUGUGACAAGUUUGUUUUUAAAGGCUGAACAGUUGGUAUUAAGCAUAUCUGAAAAAAGCAAGUAAAUAUUUUCACAAAACUAUGACUCAGGAACCUUCGAGAAGAUUAGUUCCCCACUUAGAUUUUAAGGAGUAAAAAAGAGGGCUGAGUUUUGCCUUUAAGUGCUGUCAAGAAUUCACUUGGGUUUGGGACAUUUGCUGAUGUAAUGCUAGAUGCCCACAGCAGCAUAAUAUUGUACUUUGUCAAAGGUAGGUAAAUUCUCUGUUUCUCAGCAGCCCUUUCCCCAAAAGAUAUGGUGUUUAUUUUUAGUUAAAAUAGCUAAUCUCUUUUAACCAUCUCACAUGAUAACUCUUUGGAAUCAUCUCACGUGCCCCAAAUUGUCUGUAAUUUUCCCGUCUCUGAGCUGUUUAUCUGCCUCCAUUUCCUUGUUUUUCUGGGGCCAUAGUCUCAUCUCUGCCCUUUUUUGGUUUAUCACCUUCUGACUUGUCUUUACUGCUUAUCUGAUGUGACCGACAGUGUGAUCUUGGACACUCUAAGGAUUUUAGAUGCAAAGAAAUUUUAUAUAGACUAUCCUUUUCAUUUUGGUUAUUUCGGCAUUUUAGUUGCAACCUGGGAUUAGAUUAGAGUUUCCAAUGUGAUGAAAAGUGGAAUGAUAGCAUUCUGUAAUUUCUAUAAUUUUCCUACUGGUCUGUAUCAAAUUCUACAGUCUCUGGAGUUGCUAUUUCAGAUUAUUCGGUCAAAUGAAAAAGGAUUUAUUGCUGCCUGUUUAACAUGUAUUUGUUUGGUUGAAAGGGUCUUUUUAGAAACUGUAGGAAAAUAAACAGAGCAACCAGGUGAAAUAAAGCACAGACAUUGGAUUAGGAUGUAGUGAGUUGUGAGCAGUCAGGAUUCUGGGUAUGUUGGGGGGCCCUGUCUCAUAGGUGAUCCUUUGGUGCCAUGUGAGCGAGGGACAUGGUGUCUGAGGCCCAUGGCCUGGAGACCUGAGUGCUGCUCCUAGUUGGCUGUGGACCUUGGGCAAGUCCUUCAUCCUUCUUGUGCCUCACUGUCCUCAUCUGAACAAUGGUAUGAUGACACCUGCCCUUCUUUCCAAUCAUGCUUUGAGGAUACAGUGAGAUUGGUUACAGUGAACCUUCAAUGAGUAGAAUGUGGUGUGCCGUGGUGGGUCAUAGUAGACUGCCUUUUCUCCUCUGAUGUUUUCCUCAAUUUGGGAACAAAUGAGAUUGGCAGAAGGAGGGAGCUCAUGGUGCAGUACUUUUCUACUAAAGUGUGCCCACUGGUGUCACCUCCUAAUGUUGACUUGGAUUUCCUAAAGCAGUCCUACUCUGUUAUGAGAGUCACUGACUCCCGUGGACAUCCCCACACUAAGCAGCCUUACAAAAUCCAGUCCCCUUAGGGCAGAGUGAGUGUCAUAGAAUAAUAACUCCAAACCUGCAUCAAAAAUGGCUUGUUUUCAGCGAUGUUAUAAAGCAAAGACCUGUUUUUUGGAAUUGGGGGUGACUGAGGGGUUUGGAUUGAAAUGUGGAUAAAGACAGCGUGUGUAUUUUGAAUAAAAUAAAAAUUUUGUAAUAAAACUUUGAAAAAUCAGUGGUGUAAAAUCAAUAUUUAAGACUAUAGGCUAUAAAUUGUUUGAUUUCAUUAACUAGCCCUUUUGAUGCCUAGACAUAUUGUAAGAAAUUCUGCUAUGGCUGCCUUUUCUUCUGCCUCACAACACAAAGGGCUAUUUCUACAAGGCAAAGUUUUGUAUAUGUGCUAUUCUUUACUUCAGAUUGAGAGCUGGGAAAAACUGGAGUAAAUAAUGGGUUUCUUACUUGCUUAAAAGCGUAUUUAUAUGUGUAUCUCAAUAUUUACAAGGCAGGUUCCCCUAUAAAAGUCUGGAAUGUACUGCUUAAUUUUACACUUGUGUAGACACAAUUAUUUGUGACUGAAAAGUGGAAUAACAUUUGGAUUGUGUCAACUCAUUAUCAGUCUGUUAGGAGUCCUCUAUGUGAGGCAUGGUGGUCUAAUUGUGAAAUUCUCACUGUAUAUGGGUGUUUGUGUGAAAGACAGCACUUUCUUCCUGUAAAUAUCUUUUGAUGUCCAUUUGUGUAGAAUUCCAAUGAAUGUGUCUUUGGAAAAGGUAAUGUAUCAAAGUUUUUAUUUUGCCAGUUGAUCUAAAUUCCCAUAUAACCAAUCAGAAAUCCAGUUUGGUUCAGAUUGGGAUUUUCUUGUAAAGAAAAAAAAAGGUAUGCAGAAAAGACUUUGGAAGAGUCAUGUGUUAGUGACCCUUUACAUCAACGUUGCUUCAGUAUUUUGGAAUUGACUAGGCUGCUUUCUCCUGCCUACAAGAGAAUGUGCCUAACAUUUCCCAGUGGUUACUUUGGGCCAUAGGAAGUCCAAUGGGGAUAGCUCGAGCCUCUUGCUCCCUGAGUCAUUUAUUCCCUUUACCUGAACCAGAGCCUUACCUGCAAUUCAUAGUGAGAGCACCUGGGUCUGUAUCCUGACUCCACUCGAAGUGAGGUGGGACUGAAUCACUGUACCUCUCUGGGCCUUUUCAUUUGAAACAAGUGGGUUCGGCUAGAUUAGCUCAGAAGUCCUCUCUUGCCCUAACAUUUUAUUUUUAUUUUCCUGUGGUUACCACUAGAGUCUGACAUGUGAAAUAUGAGGGAUCACUUAGAGGUUUGGAUGUUGUAUUUUUGCAUUGUUACAGCUUAUACUCCCCAGUUGAGGACCUGUGUUAUUCUUAGUGCCCCUGACACGCCUCUGUAUUCCUACUACAGUUAUCUAUACUUUUUGGGUAGUCAUCCCACCUUUUUUUUUUUGAGACAGAGUCUCGCUCUGUUGCCCAGGCUGGAAUGCAGUGGUGCAAUCUCAGCUCACUGCAACCUCCGCCUCCCAGGUUCAAGUGAUUCUCCUGCCUCAGCUUCCCAAGUAGCUGGGAUUACUGGUGCACGCCACUAAGCCUGGCUAAUUUUUCUCCUUUUAGUAGAGACAGGGUUUUGCCAUGUUGGCCAGGCUGGUCUUGAACUCUUGACCUCAACCUGCCUCAGCCUCCCAAAGUGCUGGGAUUACGCACAUGAGCUGCCGCGUCCGGCCCCACUUUUUUCUACUCUUGAAACAAACAACUUUCCAGUCCAUGAGGUACUUUGGCUCCAUCCCCCUCAAAAACAAAACAAAAAUCCAUUUAAAAUGUCCUCCUAGAAAAGCCUCAGAACUGCCUUCAACUAAAUCUGUCACUUUUAUAGAAUAUUUUAAAAUUCUAGAAGAGGAUGGGAAACAAAAUUCUAAUUCAGUUAGAGCUAUGAUCCCCAAAUAAGUGUUGACACAAUUGUCUCCCACAGAAAGGCCGUCUUUGUCAUCUUGUAGGCAUCGCUGUUGCUAAAUCACAUCAGUACAGGCAUUCUGUGGGGAGAUGGCAGGGGUCAGGGGCAGGAGCAGGGGAUGGGAUUAGAUAAAGUGUGAUAAUAUCCUUACUUCAGAUUUUAAAAAAAUCCUAGGCUAUACAACAAGGUUCUGUACUCUUGAGUUGGUGUCUGAUAUCACCAGUGCAGUGUCACAGAGAUUUUCCACUCCGUAAAUCACUCUAAAAGAGUUUGCAUAAGACUCUGUAGACCUGUGCUAUUCAAUGUGGCAGUUAACAGCCAUAUGUGACGAUGACUACUCAAAGUUUGGCUUGUUCAAAUCGAGACUGUGCUGUAUACAUAAAAUACACAUCAGAUUUUGAAAGCUUGGUACCAAAAAGGAAUUUAAAGUAUUUCAUAUUGAUAAUAUGCUGAAAUGACACUAUUUUUGAUGUAUUAGAUAAAAUAUUAAGAAUGUAAUAUAUAUUAUUAAAAUUCUUUUCACCCAUUUUUAUCUUUAAAAAAAAUGUAUCCCCUGAAGAAUUUAAAAUUAGAUAUCUGGAUAACGUUAUACUUCUAUUGGACAGCCCCACUCUAGACUUACGUGGUGUGAGGUAGGCAGUGAAAUCCGUAAAUAAGAAAGGCAAUUCUGCAAAGCAUCUAAAUAAACAGAAACAACACAAAUAUUUUUACUGGAGUCAGGAGCACUAUGAGGCACAGAAUAUCUCCUAGAAAGCAGAUUUUUUUUUUUUUUUCCUGCCGAAAAACCAGUAUAUAUGUAUGAUCCCAGUUAAAAGACAAAAGCAAAUGAGCCCAAAUUGCCUGUCUUCAGCUUUGCCUGGGAGCUGCUACCUUUGCACCUUUGCUAGCAUCUUCUAGAUGCCAAAGAUAUUAGCCACAUGAGGGUGUUGGACAUAUUCGUUUCAUUGUAGGCAAAAUUCUCUUGUGGUUUCCCCUCCCCAGGUAUUGUUGAGUCUGUUCAAAGCUGAGUGUGUUGAAACACUGCACAAAUCCUGCCACUCUCAAUGUGCCGCUUGUCUCAGCCUUAGCAGAGGCUGAGUCUGUUCCUGUGCCUACCUGUCCAGCAGGUUUUGAUGUUGGCUCCUGAAAGAGUUUGUAUUUAUUUUAUUUUGCACUAGUCACAGUUGUUGUUAAACUAUAUCAAAUGUUUUGGGAGAGUAUUUGCCUGUGAUGGAAAGAGAGAUGGAUGAUUUAUUGCUUCAAUUGUUUUAAAUUAAAAGCUAUUCUCACAA